AUGGGUAGUAACGGUGUUACAAAUGGUGUUUCUCACCUGCCAUUCAAGUUGAAGAAUCCAGAGCUAUUCCGUCAAGAGUCCUACGUACACGGAAAAUGGGUUGAAUCAAAAUCCGGCGCUCGUUUCGACGUUGUUGAUCCUGGCACUGGAGCCGUUUGGGCCACUUGCGCCAACAAUUCCUCCUCCGACGUCGACGAUGUUGUGCAGUCAUCCUACGAGGCCUUCCAAAUAUACAAGAAGCUCAAUCCCAGGACCCGUGCCGAGCUGCUGCUGAAAUGGGACUCGUUGAUCCGAGAGAACCGAGACGAUCUCGCGCUCAUUCUGACAUAUGAAACGGGAAAGCCUCUCGCAGAGGCGUACGGCGAGAUCGACUACGGCGCGUCUUUCACUUGGUGGUUUGCCGGAGAGGCAGAAAGGAUCAAUGGCACGGUCCAUGUGGCAUCUGCCCCGAACAGGAGAGUCUUCACGGUGAAACAGCCGAUCGGUGUCGCAGUGGGCCUCAUCCCCUGGAACUUCCCCAUCGCCAUGUCCCUCCGGAAAGUCGCUGCUGCACUUGCUGCCGGCUGCACCAUGGUCGUGAAGCCAUCGCCGGAAACGCCCUUCACGGCUCUGACGCUUGCGUACCUCGCCGAGAAGGCAGGGUUUGCUCCGGGUGUCUUCAACGUUAUAACCACAGACCUGGCCAACACUCCUUCGCUUUGCGAGUCACUCUGCAAGCACCCACUCGUCAGCAAAGUGACCUUCACAGGUUCUUCGCGCGUGGGCAAGCUGAUCGCCAAGCACUGUGCCGAGGGGCUUAAGAAGGUGACCCUGGAACUCGGAGGCAACUGUCCCUACAUCAUCUUCGACGACGCAAACCUCGAGCAGGCACUCGGCCAGCUGAUGGCCUUGAAGUUUAAGCAUGCGGGACAGGUCUGUGUCACUGCCAAUCGAGUAUAUGUACAGUCUAGAGUGUACGACAAGUUCGCGAACAUGCUCGCGGACGCCACGAGGAAAUUGAAUCUAGGCCACGGAGCCGACAAGGUCUCGACAAUAGGACCUGUGACCACCCCACAGUCGCUUGACAAGUUGACAAGGCAGGUCGAAGACGCGCAGAAGUACGGCGGCAAGGUCCUCGUGGGCGGUAAGAAACCGGACGGCCUUGAAGGUUAUUUCUUCGAGCCGACCGUCAUCGCCGACAUGACGCAGGACAUGCUCCUGACUCGCGAGGAGACUUUCGGCCCCAUCUGCGGAUUGUACAAGUUUGAGACGGAGGAAGAGGUAGUCAAAUACGCAAACGACACCAGCAUGGGCUUGGCUAGCUACUUCUUUACCAAGGAUGUAGAUCGGACGUGGAGGUUGCUGGAAAAUCUGGAAGCGGGGAUGAUUGGCAUGAACACUGGUAACUCGUCGGGCGCUGAGAACCCAUUCGGAGGUAUUAAGGAAUCUGGGUAUGGCAAGGAAUCUGGCAAGGAUGUCGCAGUUGCCGAGUAUCUCGUGACGAAGACAGGGACUUUGACUCUGGAGGGGCAUUUCUAG